AUGAUCAUUCUGACUUUCGCUACACCGCUCACCCUGACGGCCAUGAGUGUGGAGCGCUACGUGGCCAUCUGUAUGCCUCUGAGACAUGCUGAGAUCUCUACUCCUCACCGAGCUCUGUAUGGCAUCCUGGUCAUCCACGCUUUCAAAAUGGCUGUGCUUCAAAUCGGAAAUCUGGAGCUAUUUGUAACCAUCAGAUAUUUAAAUUAUCUUGCCUUCAUUCUCGCGCCUAAAUGUCUUAACCCCCUGAUAUAUGGUUUACGGGAUGAUCAGUUUUACCUUGUUUUGAAAAACUAUGCUUUUUGUGGGUUAAUUAACAGAAUAUCCCCUGUCUUUACUGAGAAGUAG